AUGAUUGAGCUUACAGUUGGUCAUGUCUCCGGUAUCAUCGCCGCCGGAGUCUUUGUGCUUCAAUUCUUUGUCCCAACCGCCUCUACACUCAUUUUAGCUGGCCUUCUCGGAGAAAAUAACUCUCUGGCAUCUUGGACUCAAAUCGGGAGGGCGUUACAUUCCUCGCACUGGACAUGGCUUCUCGGUGCGGACUCUGCUACGACUCGCGCAGUCAGUCGCGCCGUACGGAUGGAGGCAAUCAUACGCCCCUUAAUAAAGCUUACCAUUGCUAUCGCCGCUAUUGUUACUCCCCUUGGUUUAUACGACGCGGUUGUGCCUGGGACAGCCAACGUCCCCCAGCCAUUCCAAUACCGAAAAGAUCCUUCGCCGUUUGGGAUUGGAACUCCACCCCGUUCAAAUCUAGGUUUUAACCGGCAAUGUGGUUCUCCUUUGCCUGUUGUUUGCCCAGGCUCGCAGACUGUUAUCAAUAGGUCACAAACGGAAAGUAAUAUUACGGUCGAGUUGCCCAACUCUUAUGAUAUUAAGAUCCCGAGCAAUUUGACGGAAAUGUUUGAAAGCGGCCUCGAGUUCAUGCCUCCAACUAUGUCGAGCCUCUUUGACAUUCAAUGGAGAUCAUAUGGCAUCAACUUCGAUGAGGACUACAACAAUGGGUCCCAAUUUCUGGUGGGAUCAUAUAGGCAAAUGGAUAGCUUACUCCUCAAAGAUGGUUACCACGCCGUUGAAGGAUUGAUCGUGGAUAAUAAGAAUGGAGGCAUCGGCUUCCGAAAUCAUACAACGCCCGCGCCCCUCAAGUACGGUGGAUUAUGGUCCGAAGAUUUACUUUUUAUCGAACCUUCUACGCAGUGCGUUGAUACCAAUAUUACGGUUGACUUCACUAUUCCGGACUCUAGCAGCAACGGCACUAUGGGCGAUAUCAAGCUGGUAGAUCUGGGGGGCUUUCAUAAGCUCAACACCACCUAUCCUCAAUUUGACCUGAAAGAACCUGCAAAAAACCCCGACCUCUACAGCAGAGCAUACAAGGCCGCUUAUCUUUUUAAUGCAUAUACUAUGCUGCUUUUGAAUGUCUCAAAUCCGCGAACACCAACGAUGGAACCCUGGUCCUAUAUGAACUCCAACCAAGGAAAGGCUUUCCCUGUGGACGUCUUUUUCCCUGAUCUUCAACCUUCCCAGGUGGGGGCGAAAAUAGAUUGGAAAAUAUGGCACGGUGUGCCAUAUAGUCCCGGCAGUAAUUUGACUACCUCUGACUUCGAGUACCCGAAUCCGUACAAAGUCACGGGCAGGAAUUUCACUUCCAUCAGGACCAUUUGCCAAGGCGCCGGCGAUGCAGAUAUCGCCGAUAUCGAUAGAGUGGGAGUCGGUUGCGGAUUGUUCCUUGGUGCUGCCCGACCCGCUGAUGGGAAGGCCUCACUUGUGGCUGUGCCAAAAUCGCGAUGGACUAUGCCACUCUACAGCUGUGCCUCUUCUACAAGAGCCGUAGUGAAGACCGUUGAUUUCCGGUAUAAUGGCACAGAUGGCUUGAGAAGUCUCUCUGUUCUUGAUAUUCGGGACAAGAUUUACAAACAAAAUAGCGACAAACCUUUGUGGGGAGUCGAGCGUACGAACCUGACGAUUGGUGGCACCAGUGCCCUGUGGGGAUUAGUUUCGGAUCGUUACAAAAACCGCGACGAUGUUUCCGUUAUCCAAAAUGAAGAACUCUGGCUUCCUGGGUAUACCGGAUCGGUCAACACCCCGACUAGGUCAUGGAUGAAUUUGCCCGGUGUUAGUUUCCAUAUGGAUAUAAUGGGGUCGGUAUACACAAUGAGCGAAGAUCCGCCCCUUAACACACUCCCGGAUUAUACUGGCAGAUCCAACCUUGCCCAUGUUCGCAAGAUGGCAAGAAUUAUCCAAAACGUGCGAACAGUACGGCGUCUAUCAUCAAUCAGAUAUGGACUGACAUUGCCGCCAACGCUGUUCUGGGGACAAAGGGCUGGACGAACCGAGAAAGCGGGUCCACUUUAG